GAUGAGUACUAUAAUAAUGAUGAGGAAGAUGAUAGAAUGAGUGAAUUGACGGGAGAUAUUCUGGUGAAGAUCGUUUCAUUGUUGCCGGUGAAAGAGGCAGCGGCUACAAGUAUCCUUUCCAAGCGGUGGCGCUUCAUCUGGACCUUUACCAAAAAUCUCAACUUCGAUGCCGAACAAACACUCACCGACUUGUUAAAUUUACCAAACCCCCAAGAUUAUGAUAGACUAAUCAUUCAUGAGAGGCUAAAAUACAUCCACGGAGUAAAUAGCGUAAUUACUCAACUAAGCAAAAACAACAUGUUCGGAGGCAUCGAUCGGUUUAGGAUCAAGUUCGAUCUGUGUGGUCGGUUUUCAUCUGACAUUGAUAAUUGGAUUGAGUUCGCCAUGAAAAACAGAGUUCAAAUUCUUGAAUUGGAGUUGUUUGAACUUAACUCUGGGCGAUUUAUGGUGGGUUCCAACUGCUAUGGUCUUAGCAAAAAGCACUUUGAUCCCGUUGCACUCAAGUCCCUCAAAGUGCUUCAUUUAACAAGUGUUAACAUCAGUGGAAAGGUUGUGGAGUGGUUGUUGUCAAAUUGUCCUCUUCUUGAAAGUUUACAAGUUGUUGAUUCAUUGAAAUUGACCAAGUUAAGGAUUUUGGGAGCACCAUUGAAGCAUUUAGAGAUUCGGGGGUGUAUCAAUAUUAAAAAUGUUGAAAUCUGUGAUGCUCAAAACCUUGUUUCAUUAUAUUAUCUGUGCUUUGGUUACGAUCAAUUCCUCUUGAGGAAUGUACCUAAGCUUAUCAGUGUCGGUUUCAAGGGCGAACAUCUUGGCGGUACCUUCACCUUACUUUCAUCUUGUCUCUCUCAGCUGCAGAUACUCCACCUAGAUCUUAUUCAACUUCAGAAACAUUUGAGGAAUCCCAUAUAUCCUAUGUUAAGAAAUCUCAAGCAGCUGAAGUUGACAGUUUUUGCAAGUGAAAAUCUCAAUCUCUUGCUUUCUAGAAUUACUUCUCUUCUAAACGUGUCCCCUUGCUUGCAAAGACUUGAGCUAAUGAUAUCGUUAAAGGGUUAUUACGAUGAAAUGUGCGAAUUUCUAAUAGAACCAACAAAUUGUCCCCUCAAGGAAGUGGAAAUAUUAGGCUAUUCAGGUACUCCAAACCACGAUCAGCUUAUCACCUACUUUGCAGAGAAUUUGGUUGCACUGCAGAAAAUUGUAGUCAAUCCUUCUACAUUUCAAUACUACCACCUGGCUUUCAAACCAAACAAGGAUAUUGAAACCAUAAAGAAGGAAGAGAAGGUCAGAGAUCAUGCUAUGCAGCAUAUUAAAGGAAAGAUUCCCACAACUAUAGAAUUUGUUUGCCUCUAAUAUAUUUUUAAUUUAUUUAGACAUUUUAUUGGUGAUUAGAAAUUAAGGGAUAAAAAAAAUUUGCUUAUAUAUAUUCGUAAGCAUGUGUAUAUAUAUACACAUUUGAAUUGUGACGGCUAAUUUCCAAAUCUAGCUAAGCUUUUGGCCACAAUGUAUAUGUAGCUAAUUCAUAU